AUGCUUGCCUCACGAAUCUUGUUGAUGAGAAGGCAUAUGGUAAUGUUACCACCAAUCACGAAUACCUUCUGCUGCAACAAUAACAACAACAACAACAACGGAAGGAACUAUGGCAGUGGCAUUCUUACUCUAUUCAACCUGAUCCAUCAUCACCACCAUCAUUCAGUCAUCAUUCAAGCUGCCACUCCAAUUAUGAUGAAUCAACGUCGAAACUAUUCUCUCCAGCAACAACAACAACAACAACGAUUACAAAUGACUUCUACGACCUCAUCUUCCUAUCAUCUAAACAAAUUAUUUCCAAUUUAUAGUUCGGAAAAUAUAAAAUCAUCACUAUCCAUAAUGUCCUCUCAAAACAAUACUAUUUCCCUCUCGGAUCUCAAAUUUGAUGUCAAAUCUUCCUCCACAAAUAUUCAAACUAAAAAACAGAAAAAACUUGCAUCCAAAUUUAGCUGUCUGAGUAUUGUUACAAAACACACAGUUUCAUUUGUUGAAGAAAAAACUCCUCAUGAAGUAAAAUUAGUACCAAAAUUAAGUAGUGGAGAACCAAUCCUUAGAAUUUCUAAUGAUCCAAUACAUGAUAUUCAAACUCUGAAUAGAAUUUCAACUCAUGUGAUCAAAGGAUCUAACAAAAUUAAUCACUAUCGAUUACAUGCAAUUAUUUAUAAUUGGAAUAGUGCACUUGAUUGUUUACAAUUUGAAUCAAAAUUACAUCCUUCUUCCUCAUUGAAACAAAUAUUUGUUAAAAUGUCUAAUUUAUUUACAAAUCCUAAUAGUGAGUGUUACAUUGGUAGCACAAGCUCUCCAACUUUCAAUAAUGGUAAAUUACUUCAUGUUUGUCUCGUUUCAAGAGCAGCCAUUGAGUGUGUCGCAUCGAUUCAAAAUCCAUUGUAUAAAGAAAUGAUGACACUCGCAACUCAGAGUCAACAAUAUUCCACCAAUAUGGAAAAUGAUCAUUCGAAUCGUCCUCCGUAUAGGAAUCAAUCACCACAGGUAUUCAAAACCAAAAAUUAUGAACUGGCUUUCAAGAUGGAUGACAUGCUAUUUAAGAGAUUAGGAAUAAAUCUAUAA